UUUUACACAACUUUACUAACAUUUUACUAAUAAUUACACUGAAAAAUAAUUUUAGACAGUUGAUUAUUCUUCAGAUUAUUCACUGGGUUGUUUUAGUAAUUUUUUACCACACUUUUUAGUUUCUGUUUUCUCAUAUUUCACCCAAAUUUCAUUAUUUGUCUGAUAAAACAAUUUACUGUUAAUUUAACUAUUAAUUUAUAUCUGGAAGGCUCUAUACACACCCAAUUUACACCGAAUUUUACACCCAAUUUUACACCCCUUUCCACUGGAAUCCUCAACCAUUAUCCAACAUUCUCCCUUAAAUUAUAAUAAUUUAUUGGAAAUAAUUUAAUGUAAAAAUUUGAAAAUUAUUUAAUAAUUUGUUGAAAAAUUGUUGAGAAUUUAAUGUAAAAAUUGCUGAGAAUAUAUUGAGGAAUGGAGAAUCCGACGAAGGAGCCGAGGGGCGAUUCGGUGUACGAGAGUAACUUUUCAGAUCUUGACACUCUUUUGCCUCCUUCAGCCUUCCCUUCUAAGGCUGAAGCGCUUAGAAAAUACGUCUCGUUUCCGAACUUUUCCUGGAGACUUGUGGGCCUUUUCUUCGGCUGGUACUUGUUAAACGUGGCGUACGUUAUUGAGAACAAGGUAAUUUUAAACCUCAUACCUUUGCCCUGGACUCUAAGUUGUCUUCAACUUACCGUUGGCUGGCUGUUUGCGAUUCUGUUUUGGGCCACGGGGUUCCGGAACGCGCCCAGACUCAAGUCCUUUAAAGUAUUUUUAAAGGUGUUUUUACCUCAGGGACUUUGUCAUCUGUUUGUACACCUGGGCGCCGUAGUGUCCAUGGGCAUUGGCGCAGUUUCAUUUACACACGUUGUCAAGUCUGCCGAGCCCGUGGUGACUGCCCUCUUUUCCGCAUUAUUUCUGGAUGAUUUCCUUAACCUUUACGCGUAUGUGUCGUUGAUUCCUGUGGUUGUGGGAGUUGCCCUGGCAUCGGUUAAGGAAUUAAACUUCAGCUGGGUUGCAUUUUGGUUCGCAAUGCUCUCAAACGCUGGCAGCUCACUCCGUAGCGUUUUCGCAAAAUUGACCAUGAAAAAUAAAAAUGAACUGGGAACUAACUUGACCUCCUCUAACAUUUACAUGUUACUCACACUGACGGCUUCUGUAGGAUCAGUUUUCUUGGCGUUCCUGAGCGAGUCUGCCAAGUGGGUUCCAUACUGGACCACAGCCACUCUGAAGAUGACGGAUAAGGAGAAGUAUGUUCUAUUGCUCAGAGCAUUUUUCUCAUGUGUCUGCUACUUUCUGUGUAAUGAAAUGUCGUUCAUAUGUCUUGGAGAGGUGAACCAGGUUUCCCACGCAAUUGCAAAUACGCUUAAGCGGAUAGUGCUGAUUACCAGCUCGAUUGUGGCGUUCGGGUAUAAAAUUACCACUCUCGGGUACUUUGGAAUGACAAUCGCAAUCCUAGGCGCACUCGCUUACUCUAUUUUCAAAUAAUGUACUCACCAUUAUCA